GGUUUUUGUUAUCGAAGCUUUAUGUGGUAAUUUUCGUUUGUUGUUGAGGACACAAUCUAUCUAGGAUUUCUCAGCGAGCAGUCAAUGUGCAUACAUGAUAUUUUGAAGGGUCGUGGCAUUUGGGAAAACUUGUUUCAUACAAGGAGGACAUCUUAUCACGUCGUAAAGAAGUACACGAGAAUUGUCCCGUCUAAAACCAACAGCUCUCACUGGCAGAAAGAAACUGAUGCGGGAAAAACAGAUGACUCUAUACCAGGAUUCGUUGUCAUCUCGGUGAUAUCCAAGAGAAACUUGGGGCGUGCAUGUCCAAGACAGCGUCCGAGACCAUUCAGGACAAAGCGGACUGGAGGAAAGGGUAACAAAAACGUCAGAACCAAUUACUUGUUGGGCUUGGACGAUUGAUGCAAACAGACAGCUCGAUUAAACCCAUAACUUU